AAAUAAGAAUAAAAACCGCUCAAUAGAAAUCGUACAGAGUCAGUUAUUUGGGAGUACACUCUGUCUCUGGCACGAUUGGAAAUCUUCUCUGAGGAUAUCAUUUUCUUUUCAAACAAAUUCAAAAAAAACUAAAAAUAAUAUAAAUCCCCUCCCGUCGUUCUCACUCUUUGCUACUCCACCUCUCUUCUUCACUCAUUACUCUCUCUCUCUCUGUGCUCUGCAGCUAUUCUUCUUUUGUCUUAAAGAAGAAGAAACGAAGGUUUUCUCUCUUCAUCCCCUCAUUGAUAAACGAACACGCAUGUGUGUGUGUGUGUAUACGUACAAAUAUACACAUAUUGUUCUCUACUGAAGCUUCUUUGACACAGGGCAUUCUGCUGAAAAAGGCUUUAAAAAUUUCAAAAAUUGGAAAGAUGUUCUUCACUUUACUGAUUCACACCAUGUGAUUUCUGACACAUUCUUCCUCUUAUUGCAUUUUCCCCAAUUUUUGUAUCUUCACGUAUACUUACCUACUGCCAGAGCAAACGGAGCAAAUAUAAUAGAGUGAUAUAUUGGGAAUUGUUAUUUGAUUUGUUGUUUUUGGAGUAAUGGCGGCUUCAUCAUCUCGAGGAAGAAGUAGCUCACCGUUUGGUUAUCGGAAAUCUUCUACUCCGUACUCCUCCACCUCGUCGUCGUCGUCGAUGAUAAAUGGUCGAUUAAUGCCGCGUUCAUGCUCAUCCUCCACGACGUCGUUUUAUGGCGGCGGUGGAUACGGCUCUAGAUCCAUGACACCGAGCCGAAAUAAAGGCGAUUAUUCUCGAAGCCGAACGCCGGUGAGUUAUCCGUCAAUGGAAGAGCCGCUGAUUGGAGAGCCUGCGGAGAGUGCUUCGAGAUCGGGGGAUAGCAUUUCAGUGACGAUUAGAUUUCGACCUCUGAGUGAAAGGGAAUAUCAGAGAGGAGAUGAAAUCGCCUGGUAUGCAGACGGUGACAAAAUUGUGCGCAAUGAGUAUAAUCCAAUGACUGCAUAUGCAUUUGACAGAGUCUUUGGGCCUAAUACAAGUACUCAAGAAGUGUAUGAAGUAGCUGCCCGACCUGUAGUUAAGGCUGCAAUGGAAGGUGUAAAUGGAACUGUAUUUGCUUAUGGUGUUACCAGUAGUGGAAAGACACAUACUAUGCAUGGAGAUCAAAAUUCUCCGGGGAUCAUACCAUUAGCUAUAAAGGAUGUUUUCAGCAUCAUCCAAGAAACUCCAGGACGUGAAUUCCUACUUCGUGUGUCGUAUCUUGAAAUCUACAAUGAGGUGAUUAAUGACUUGCUGGACCCAACUGGCCAGAAUUUGCGUGUGAGAGAAGAUGCACAGGGGACUUAUGUUGAGGGAAUAAAGGAAGAAGUUGUUUUGUCCCCUGGACAUGUUCUUUCAUUUAUUGCUGCAGGAGAAGAGCAUCGACAUGUUGGAUCAAAUAAUUUUAACCUAUUCAGCAGCCGUAGUCAUACAAUAUUCACAUUGAUGAUCGAAAGUAGUGCACAUGGAGAUGAUUAUGAUGGUGUCAUAUUCUCACAGUUGAACUUAAUUGAUUUAGCUGGGUCUGAAAGCUCCAAAACUGAAACAACCGGGUUGAGGAGGAAGGAAGGAUCCUACAUCAAUAAAAGUCUUCUAACACUUGGAACUGUUAUUGGAAAACUUAGUGAAGGGAAGGCGUCUCACGUUCCUUAUCGAGAUUCAAAACUUACCCGCCUUUUGCAAUCUUCGCUUAGUGGACAUGGACAUGUUUCGCUUAUAUGUACAAUUACUCCAGCAUCAAGCAAUUUGGAGGAAACACAUAAUACCUUAAAGUUUGCCAGCAGGGCAAAACGGGUCGAAAUCUAUGCCUCUCGUAAUAGGAUAAUUGAUGAAAAAUCAUUGAUCAAGAAGUAUCAAAGAGAAAUAUCAAGUCUCAAAGAAGAACUUGAGCAACUUAGGAGGGGAAUGCUUGCUGGUGUCAGCCAUGAAGAAAUUAUGGUCUUAAGGCAACAGUUGGAAGAAGGACAAUCCAAAUUGCAAUCAAGAUUGGAGGAGGAGGAAGAAGCCAAGGCUGCUCUAAUGAGCAGAAUUCAGAGGCUAACUAAAUUAAUACUUGUUUCCUCUAAAAAUACAAUACCAGGAUGCACGAGUGACAUGCCCUCUCACCAAAGGAGUCAUUCUGGUUUGGAGGAGGAAAGGCUGGAUGUUCCGCAUGAUGGUUCUUUAAAACAUGCUGGCGAAAAUCAGAAAGAUUCUCCAUCGUCUGCUUUAACUAUCACAUCAGAUGCUUAUGAUUUUAAACACAGAAGAUCUGGUAGCAAGUGGAAUGAUGAUAUAUCACAAGCUGGCAGUGCUAUAACUGAAACUACUCAAGUGGGUGAACUUAUUGGGGUUUCUUCCUGUGUGUCAAAAUUUCCUAUGGAUCGGCUAACAAUGUCGGAUGAGAUGGACCUCCUUGUUGAGCAAGUUAAGAUGCUUGCUGGAGAGAUUGCUUUCAAUACCAGUACCCUAAAGCGUCUGGUGGAGCAGUCCAUGAAUGAUCCUGAAAGCUCAAAAACUCAGAUUGAAAACUUGGAGCGUGAAAUCAAUGAAAAGAGAAAGCAGAUGAGAGUUUUAGAACAGCGUAUUGUUGAGAAUGGUGAAGCUUCAGUUGCCAAUGCAUCUAUGGUUGAAAUGCAGCAGACGGUCAUGAAAUUGAUGGCACAGUGUAGCGAGAAGAGUUUCGAGCUAGAGAUUAAAUCAGCAGAUAACCGUGUUCUUCAGGAACAGCUUCAAAACAAGUGUGCUGAAAACAAGGAAUUGCAAGAGAAAAUUUUACACCUGGAGCAGCAACUAGCUUCAGUAUCUGGUGACAAAAUGUCAUCCCCUUCUGAGAUGUGUAUAUCUGAUGAAUAUGCUGAUGGGUUGAGAAAGAAAAUGCAAUCACAGGAAAUUGAGAAUGAGAAACUAAAGCUAGAACAUGUUCAGAUUUUAGAGGAGAAUAGUGGAUUACGUGUGCAGAAUCAGAAAUUAUCGGAGGAAGCUUCUUAUGCAAAGGAACUAGCAUCUGCUGCUGCAGUUGAGCUGAAGAAUUUAGCUGGUGAAGUUACUAAGCUUUCCUUACAAAAUGCCAAAUUGGAGAAAGAAUUACAGGCUGCUCGUGAAUUAAGCUCUAGAAGUUCGAGCAUUCAUGCUGGAAAUGUUGGCAACCGCAAGCACAAUGAUGCGCAAAGGAGUGGUCGCAGAGGUCGGCUAACUGGCCGAUCGAAUGAUGUUUCUGCAAUGGCUAAUGUUGAUUUUGACUCUUGGAAUCUUGAUCCUGAAGAUCUGAAGUUGGAGUUGCAAGCAAGGAAACAGCGGGAGGCAAGUCUCGAGGCUGCCUUGGCUGAGAAGGAAAUUUUGGAAGAUGAGUAUAGGAAAAAGAUUGAAGAGGCAAAGAAGAGGGAGGCGGCACUGGAGAAUGACCUAGCAAACAUGUGGGUUCUUGUUGCUCAGCUGAAGAAAGAGGGUAAUGUUGUGCAGGAACAGAAGAUGAAUGACAGACAGAAUGAGGACAUAAACCAAAUAAGUGAUCUGAAAGUUGCUGAUGUUGACAUAGACCCAAUACUCAAAGAUAGGCAAGCUCUAGAUAAUUCAACAACAGGUUCUAACAUUCCCAAAGAAGAACCUCUUGUUGUCCGCCUGAAGGCUCGAAUGCAGGAGAUGAAGGAGAAAGAACUGAGGUACACUGGGAAUGGGGAUGCAAAUUCUCAUGUGUGUAAAGUAUGUUUCGAAUCACCCACUGCUGCAAUGCUUCUCCCAUGUCGUCAUUUUUGUUUGUGCAAGUCAUGUUCGCUUGCAUGUUCUGAAUGUCCAAUUUGUCGGACAAAUAUUGCAGAUAGGAUUUUUGCCUUUACUUGACGUCACCGUUCAUACUGUCUAAAGAUAAGGGAUUUGUCAAUUGUUCACCAUCCUUUUACCUGCUUGUUAUUUUCCUAAAUGGCAGGUGCCAUUCUUUCAUUAGUUAAACUGUAUGUAACUCAGUGCACCAUAUAUCAUUGUGGUUGGUUUGUAUUUCUCCAAAAAGGGACUCUCUCAAGUUCCUUUGAGAUUGGGGGUGGGGAGGCGAGGGGAAACAGAGAGCGAGGGAUCUCACGGCAGAUAUGAUGUUCCGUGCUGAGCCUCAACUUCGCUUUCCUAAUAUGAUGCCUAAUGUGAAUUUUCUUUGAAGUUUGUAGUGUAUAGAAAAUAUCGAAAUGAAACAUUACUCUUCUACUCCUUUUAUAGAAGUCACUGUAUAUCUGUUGCUUUCUUCAACUAUUAAUCGAAGAAAGUCAGUCUUAUUUCUGCAUCAUUAUAUUGCU